AUGUUGAACAACAUGGAUUUGAACGCGAAAGAUUCUUUUUACCCUCAGUUUGACAAUUGCAGCGGCUCUUCUCUGGGCAUGGACGCCGGCGCGAGGAAGGACAACCGAGACGCGUUCGGCGACGCGGAGCGCUCGGUGCCCGCGCAGUUCGGCCACGAAGGAGCCCCCGCGACCCUCAAAACCGAAGCUUCCAACUCGGAAUACGCGUUUAACCCUUGCGAGGGCCCCAAAGACGCCUACACUCCCUCCUCGCUCGCCUACUCCGGCAGCUUCUACGUGGAAGCUUCUCAGGGGGCGCCGUGCACCACCGAGACCCUCCUCAACAUGAUCACCGAGAUCGUGGGCAUAUCCACGAUGCAGCUCUCCGAGGCCCAGCAGCAAAGCGCCAACAGCCGGGGGGCUUCAUACACGCCCCCUGUGGACAGCGCGCAGUUUGGAGACGUCAAGAGGCAACCUUUCACCUGCUCGGCGCCCACCCCGCCGGCGUACCCCUCUUCCUCUUCCGACCACCAGACCGGUUUCUCCCAGGAUCAGGCCGAACCCCCUGCGCCGGAGCCGUCCACCUCCCAAUUAGGCUUCGCCAAAACCGAGCCCAAGUCCGAGGCGGCUUCCUUCCCGGUGGUGGUCAAGAAUGAGUUUGAGAGCUAUGAAUGGGGGGCUUUUUGCAAAUCCGACUGCUUGGAGAGCGGCUUCCACACGGAGACGUUCCCCAUGUCCAGCGACUUCCCACCCGAGCAGCAAAUGGACGUGAAGGAACUUUUGGACACCUUCCCCGCCAUGUGCCCCAAUCCGGACGUGGAGUUCAAAGUGGAGGGGGGCAUCAAGCAGGAGCAGUGUUUCUCCGACACGUGCUCCCAGGGCUACUCGUACAACGGCUACCUCCCCCCGCCGAUGGGUCUGAAGCCCUACCCCGAAGCCCCCCCUGCAUCCAACCAGUGUGACUCCAUUUACGCUUCUCCGGCUUUACCCAGCACCAUAGACUCCAUCCUCUACUCCUCCUUGCUUCCCGACUCCUUCGCCCAAAGUUACACCACGCGUGCCGCCGCCACUUCCACCUCCGGCACCAGCGCCGCCAAGCCCCCCAGAGCCCGGAAGAGCACAUCCGGAUCGACUUCGCACGGCCCUCCUAAAGAGAAGCCCUUCACCUGCCCCAUGGAGAGCUGCGACCGCCGCUUCUCGCGCUCGGACGAGCUCAACCGCCACAUCCGCAUCCACACGGGUCACAAGCCCUUCCAGUGCCGCAUCUGCCUGCGCAGCUUCAGCCGGAGCGACCACCUGACGACGCACACCCGGACUCACACGGGGGAGAAGCCGUUCUCCUGCGACGUGUGCGGCAAGCGCUUCGCCCGCAGCGACGAACGCAAGCGGCACGGACGCGUGCACCAGAAGCAGAAGGAGAAAAUGGAGCUGAAGCCCCAAGUGACUCCCAACGCGUGGCCCUUCACUCUGCCCGAGGGCAUUUGA